AUGAACCAAGUCAGCGAGCUGCGGAGGUUCGAGACAUCAAUUGACUACCAGCUGGAUAAGGACAGGUUGGGCAAAUUCCUGCUUUUCUACGAGGAGGAUGGGGAGCUUGCCUAUGUCAACAGGCUCAGAGAGUCUAAGGGCUGUGUUGAGAUUGACAUGGAGGAUAUAGCGGUAUAUGAUGAGAGCGGGCUUGUGAAUAGGAUUGAAGGGAAUGCAAUGUCUUACAUAAAUCUACUGUAUACAGUGAUAGAUGAGAUUCUCCUUGACAGUGGAGAGAUUUCCGGAAGAGAGGAACCAGAAGAUGUUUUUUUUUACCACAGGAUUUCGAGGCUCAAGGAAAGAUUUCCUGAGAAAAAGGCCACAGACGUGUUUCCUUCGUUUUUGUUAAGAAGGUACUCUCUGGUGCUGAAGCCAAGAAGAAACACCAGAGUGUAUUCUGUUCGAGAGCUAAAGUCCAUGCAUAUUGGAUCCUUGAUACGAGUAAGUGGGAUUGUCACAAAGGUUAGUCAAGUGAAGCCAAGCAUUAAGGUUGCAACGUAUAUCUGUGAGAGCUGUGGAGCAGAGACAUACCAGCAGGUAGAUGGAGAUGUGUUUGAUCUUUUGGAAGAAUGUGGAAGCGAGAAGUGCAGAAUCAGGAAUGUUCGAGGGACUCUAAUUCUUGUAACGAGAGGGUCUAAGUUCAUCAAGCAUCAAACUGUCUAUAUGCAGGAACUAACUGGGGAUAUUCCACGUGGGUGUAUCCCAAGGACAUUGGUGAUGGAAUGCUAUUCUUCACUGGCAGAGGAAUGCAGGCCUGGGGAUGUAGUUGUUGCCGGAGGAGUGUUUAUGCCAAAACCUUAUUAUGGGAUAAAGAAAUUGAAGGCAGGACUACUUGCAGACGUCUACUUGCACGCUACCAGUGUUCAAAGAAUUGGAGCCAGAGUGUUUGAUAUCAAUAGGGAGGUAAAAGCGUAUCCCGUGGAGCAAAUGGUAAGGUCGAUAGCACCUGAGAUUUUUGGGAUGGAAGAUAUAAAGAAGAUUUUGCUUUUGAUGCUUAUUGGAGCACCUGGAAGGGUUCGCGAGGAUGGAAUGAGGAUAAGGGGAGACAUAAAUGUAUUACUUGUAGGAGAUCCUGGUAUCGCAAAGAGUCAGCUCUUGAAGACAUGUGUAAAGAUAAGCAGGAGGGGGGUUUACACGACAGGAAAAGGAUCUAGUGGGGUUGGUCUUACUGCAAGCGUAACCAAGGACCAGAUAACCGGGGAGAUGAUUCUUGAGGGAGGAGCCUUAGUUCUUGCAGAUGGAGGAAUAUGUUGCAUUGACGAAUUAGACAAAAUGAACGAAGUUGAUAGAAUUAGUAUCCACGAGGUUAUGGAACAGCAAAGUGUGUCUAUUAGCAAGGCAGGAAUCAAUACAAGUCUGAAUGCAAGAUGCUGUGUCCUUGGUGCAGCCAACCCUGUUCGAGGAAGGUACGAUAUAAAGCAGAGCAUCGAGCAUAAUAUCGGGCUUCCCUGCUCUCUUCUUUCAAGAUUUGACGUUGUUGCCAUUCUUCGGGACGAAUCCAACUUGGAGAGGGAUGAAAGCCUUGCCAACCACAUUACAUCCCUUCACCUACAGGAAGAGCCAGAAACAAUCCCUUAUGACGAAAUUCGAGGAGUCAUUGAUGAGGCAAAGAAAAUAGAUCCCAUACUUCCUCCUCACCUUUCAAGCAAACUAACGGAUGCAUAUGUGAGAGCCAGGAAGGAAAGCCCUUAUGUAACGCCCAGAUAUCUUCUAUCGCUCAUAAGAUUAAGCCUCGCACACUGUAGACUUCGGCUUUCCGCAGAAGUUGGCGAGGAGGAUAUUAAUGAAGCAUUAAGGCUCAUGAACGUGACAAGGAUCCCCGUUCCAAAGAAAAAGAGAGAGGAGGUGUCAAGCAAGAGGGAAAUAUAUAACCUUAUUCUUUCUCUUGCAGCUGAGGAGGGAAACAGAAAAUAUGUGAAGCUAGAACGCCUGUGGGAGGCUACAAAGGACAAGUAUAGCACCAGCGAGGUCGAGGAUGUUAUUUCGGACUUUGCAUCGUGUGGAAUCUGGAUCAGGAAUAAUGAGGAGCUAGUUAUUUUUAAUUAA